CUUCCCACCACGUCUUCUUCGUCAUUUCCGCCAGUGUAUUUCAGCUCCUUGUUUUCUACUGUUCACUGCUGACCUGCCUCCCUGUCCUGAUCUCCUGUCUGUUGGCUUUCUGAAGCAGAACGGACUCAAUAUCUCAGCAAUGGGUUUCCAGCAACCUUGCCUGCGAAAGCGGAAACAGCUGGUGAACCUCAUCCUCCUGUUGGUUGCUGUGUUGAUAACAAUCAAGAUGGCGGAAAGAUACUAUAUAAAGGAGGUGAGCUGGAUACCCAACCCAACUGGAGAACUGGGCAUCACAGCAAAACAACUACAGUCCUUGAUGCAGAAUAUUGCACAUGAAGCUCCAAGAAAAGGUGAAACUUCAUUUAUUAGAGUCAACAUGACGAAGACGCUGCUGGUAUCGGCUUAUCUAGAACACCGCACAAACCCACCGCAGGUCCGGGUCAUCGCAGUGGUGCUGCGUGAAGAGACGGUCAGCUACCGCUGCGUCUUACUCUGCCGCAACAACAAGAACUACGUCUCAGACGGCAUCCUGCAGAUCCACAGCGACCACUUCGGCUUCCGCUACGGCACCGCCGACAUCAUGUGUCUCAUACCGUCAACCUGCGACACGCCGUCGCACGUCGCCGUGGCCUCCGCGACAUUUAAAGGUACAGUACAGAUUCCAGCCAUGCGGGCGGGAAGAGCAGCCAAAACGUUCUCGAAGAAACGUCGGCCUAAAUUUUUGGAGGUGAAGAACAAAAACAAAAAGACGGAAUCCUUUAAUCACACCUUCACCGUCUGUCUGUCCACCAUGUUCGAUUUCAACAAUGUGCUGCAGUUUGUGCAGAGUUUAGAAAUGUUUCGGUUUCUGGGAGUGAGCAAAGUGUUUGUCUAUAAAACCAGCUGCAGCGAUGAAACGCAACGCGUCCUGAACUUCUACACCAGAAAAGGUGUCUUGGAGGUGAUUCCUUGGUCCAUGUCCGGCUUCCUGAAUGUCUCUCACGGAUGGCUGCCCUCCCACGGCCCCGGUGACCUCCACUACUUUGGGCAGAUCGCCGCGCUCAACGACUGCCUCUACCGGAACAUGUACCGGUCCAAAUACGUGGCUCUGCACGACGUGGACGAACUCAUCCUGCCCCAGACGGUCAAAACCUGGACGGAGCUGCUGCCUCUCCUGGAAAGUAAGUACACCCAGAACAAAUGCUUCAUGUUUGAAAACAACGUGUUCCCCAACAACGUGACGCUGCCCCGGGGCGGCACCGACCCGGCCCGCUGGAGGGGCGUCCCGGGCGUGGACGUCCUGGCCCACCUCCACCAGGAGCCCGUCCCCAAAGAUCACGUUUACGAAAAGUUCAAGAUCAUCGUCAACCCUCGACUCGUCACCGCCGUCUCCGUUCACGGCGUGCUCCAGUCCCACAGCAUGGACGGCUGCGCCUGGGUGGACCGGAACAUCGCGCGGAUGUACCACACCAGAGCUCCGAUGCAAACCGAACUGACCUCAGACCAGCUGGUUUAUGACGGCAGACUGCUGAGCUACAGCGAAACGCUCAUCCAGGCCGUAAACGUCACGCUCAGGGAGAGCGGGAUUCUCUGACCGAACGACUCAACGGACAUCAACAGCGGUCAGAAGACAUUGACCAGAAACGGGACAAUUAAAAAUAUUUUUGAAAUGCACUGUGAAAGUAUUUAACUACAUGCAUCUUUGAAAGAAAGAAAAUACGGUUGUAAGAACAUGA